CACAAUAUGGUGGACCUAUUCCUGGCCAUAGUGUGUGGAGUUAUCCUGGUUCCACCAAUCCCCAACACCGCCGUGUACCCCUGGUUGACUUCUUUCCAACUAAUGCGGUUCUAUCGAGUAAUCCUCCUCUUCCCAGGCAUGAAGACGCUCUUGCAAACUUCCUUGCUGCUCUCUUUGCCAUUCAGCUCUUUCGUGACGACGUGCCACCAGACUUUAAUCUGAAUUUCCAAGGCAUAGGAACAGCUUUUCUCGCAAUGUAUCAAGUUUUCUCGUCUGAAAAUUGGACCGAUAUACUUUGGGAGACGAGCAAUGCGGAAUUUCCCUUCAAGCAACAGAACUUUGAGGUAGCCGAGGAACAGAAGAGAGCAGAACAAGUCAACGCGUUCAUCCGUCGUGCAGAGCCUACGGCAACUACGAUAAAUUGGAUUGAUCGCUUCAACCCAUAUCGUCGUAUGAAGCCAAAGCCCAAGGCUAUCAAUGUGGACGCGUUACCAGACAAUUUGGUCCUUCCAAUCAAGAAAUCCGUCACUCAGGCUAGUGUCCGUGGAAUUAGCGAUACAGCGAUCAUCCAAGGGCCGUUAGGGACCAUGAGACGACUCAUGGGUAUGGACCCAACCUUCGAGGUGGUGCCUUUAUCUACAUUGAAUCGCACACGGCCAAAAUCAGAAGCUCGAGAUACUAUGGAACUAGACGAUACGGAACGGCAUUUGGAAGCUAUUAAUGCGGUCAAUCAUGACACUACUGCCGAAGACAACCGGAAUGCGCUUCUAGAAGACAGGGCCCAAAAGGCCGAUUUUAUUAGCGAGCACCCAUCUUAUGACACUACUCUCUGGAUCUUUACUCAGAGCAAUCCGAUUCGGCAAGUGUGUCAACGUCUCGUCCCACCGUCCAAUGGUGAUCAUGCCGAACGAAUCUAUGGUUUACCUCCUUCUCCUUGGCUUGAGUUCGGUUUCCGGGCCAUUGUAUUGGUGACAAUCAUCGCUGGUAUUAUCAUUGCCGGCAUUGCAGGUCCCAUGUAUCGACGCACAUAUUUCAGAAUUAACGGAACGCAAACCGUCGCUUGGUUUGAUUUGGCAGAGGCGGUCUUUGGAUUUCUUCUCGUUGUGGAGUUCUUUAUCAAAAUCAUUGCGGAUGGGUUUAUCUUCACGCCUAACGCUUACCUCCUCAACAUCUGGAAUUUCUUGGAUUUGGCCAUUCUCAUUGCCAUUUUGAUCAACGUAAUGACGUCUCUAAUCAUCCUCGGCGGACUUACGAGGGGGACAAGAGCUCUCAAAGCGUUCCGGGCGCUUCGUCUCAUCACUCUUAUUGGCUGGAUGCGGGAAACCUUCCACUCUGUCAUCAUCGCUGGUGCUCGUCGUAUCAUAGACGCAGCCGUGUUGGUAUGGGGUUUAAAUAUCUUCUCCGGGAAAAUGUUUGCUUGCAACGACGAUAGCGCUCUCGGAAAAGAUGACUGUCAAUUCGAGUACAUGGCGUCGCCUGUCGAUAAAUCUCUGACCUUUUUGGCUCCAAGA